AUGCGUGCCAAUGCAAUUCGUCAUGGAUGUACCCUCUUUAGGUCCCCAGGUGUGAAACAUAGUCGUGUCCCAAACGGGCUUUCCCUUCUCUCAAGGAGAUGUCACCGAUGGAACAGCUCAAGCACCAAACCACCAGUCAAAGAGCCUGUUAUUUUUUCUGGAAUCCAGCCAACUGGAGUUCCACAUCUGGGCAAUUACCUAGGAGCCCUCAACGAAUGGGUGAAACUCCAGCAAAACGCAUCCGAGGGAACCAAGCUGCUUUUCUCUAUUGUUGACCUGCAUGCGUUGACGGUACCACAAGACGCAGCCCAACUGAAGAAAUGGAGGAAAGAGGCGUUUGCAACAUUACUUGCCGUGGGAUUGGACCCUAAGCGCUCUACGAUAUUCUACCAGUCUGCUGUACCGGCUCACACAGAGUUAAUGUGGAUUUUAAGCACGGUGGCUUCUAUGGGAUACCUGUCGCGUAUGACACAGUGGAAGACCAAACUACAGCUGCCAGAAGAUGCCACGCUUGACGAUCAGACAGCACGAGCCCAGCUGCGACUUGGACUUUUCUCGUAUCCGGUGCUUCAGGCUGCCGAUAUUCUCAUACAUAAGUAG